GUUCAUUGGAAGGCACAAUUAUUGUAGAAGAGAUAUCCUUUUCAUAGCAACUUCACAGAAACAUCUUCUGUCACAGUUAAACUCAGAUUCCUCCCAAUCUCCUGAGAUGAAGGUGAAUGUCUUCGUUUUCGCCGUGGCUCUACUUGGAGCCUUCCAACCUCGCUAUGAAUGUAGAGCUAUUGAAACCCCCUGGGCGGUCCAUCCAUCCCACAAUCUACAGGCAGAGCUGCAACAGCAACUCCCUAUUCUUCUGCGACUAGGAGAGGAGUACUUAAUUCGGCUAGACAACUCCAAUCAAAAUUCGCUCCAGUCCUCCUCGCCGAACACAUCUCCUGGAGCUGCUGCGCCCUCAACAACGGUCAACAGGGCUUUACAACUUCAGCUCACGCAGCGCCUUCUGCAAGGUAAAGUCGGUGACAUCAAUCGGUUUCUGAACAGCUACGCUAACCAGAUGGGUGAUUCCAUGGAAAGAGGAAAGAGGUCCGGGCCGGGCGAAGAGCCACCGAUCUCUUUGGACCUGACGUUCCACCUGCUGAGGGAAGUUCUAGAAAUGGCUCGAGCCGAGCAAUUAGCACAGCAGGCAAAUAGUAACCGAAAAAUGAUGGACAUAUUCGGGAAAUGAAAGUGUUAGAAACACAUUUGCCAA